AUGGAUGAUCUAUUUCAGGCCAUGGAGGACAGGUCGCUGAGAGGACCUGUCUUCGACGCACGGUUUGAAGUAGAGUGGGAUCUCUUGGGCUUUCUUAGGCGCCAAAAGUAUGACGCGCCGCUGGAGAUUGCAGUUGAGCGAGCUAUCACACUUACAGGGUCAGCCAAGAAUGCUCAGGCAAUGACGUGUUUGGACUACAUGUCCCAGACCUGGCCGGUGAUUGGGGAAGAGAUUGUCAAGGUCCUUCAAAAAGCACUGAAGGCAACCAACCUGUCUUGCAAAAAACUGUGUGAGCAAUUUUCCUGGCUGGGCGCUGCCCUCGGCCCCAGCCCCGAGGACACUUCGCAGCCGUCCACAGUAUGGCUGGCUACCCCGGUCGUCUCUGCCUUCAAUUCUGGCGAACUUCAUACGAACCCUCCAUCCAUCACUGUACGAAUACGCUUCUCCACCCGCUCGAUCCCAAAUGGCUCUCUGGCACAUGGAGCGUGCUGGCACGCCUUGUUCCACCACCCAGUCGUCGUCAACGGCUUUCCAAUUCGGGCCCGCCGGAACGGCGAACGGGGACUGGAAGCGUCUACAGCCUUGAUGGGUGCGCUGGCAGAGGCUCGUUAUGUAUCGCAGUAUGCCGAAACGCUGGUUCUGAAGGGAUUCUGCUCGAUGCUCGUUCCGACAGCGCAUACCGAAACGUCGAUUACGUGGCACUACGUCUACAACAAGGAUCUGUCUUGGCUUCCGUAUAGUGGGUUCCGCAGGGAGUGCCCGGAGGUGGUUGCCAACGACGUGCUGGAUUCGGACAUGUUGAAUGCCGGUAACAAGCGCAACUUCGUGGGGUGGGCAUCGAGCAUUAGCAGGAAUCUCGGCACGGAAACAGCUCUCUACCAAGAGAUACGGCCGGCGGGGGCACCGGAGAGCUCUACGAGAGUGGCAUCUGAGAAAAAGCUUACAAUAUCCGUCAGUAAGCUGUUCGGGACGUCUGACUCUUUCCUCAGGGGCCAGCGCGAUAAGUCGAUUAUCUCCAGCAGUGCCUCAUACACAGGCCAAGUGUAUGCCGCACGUCGGAUCCCGGUACUUCUCUACGACGUGGCAACAAAGCGUGGUUGGCUGGUUGAUGGUGCAAGCGCCCUACUGCACAUUGCCAGAAGUCAAGUUGAACAUCCACCGUUGAGGGACGUCUCACACUUCAACGAUAGAGCUGUGAAUAAGCGCAUUUCAUUCAAGCAUCCGGAUGCUAGAGGUGGCCCAGAAGCGGCGAGCCAUGCGCUAACGGAUGAAGACAACCAGCGGCACAUCAUUAUCCGCGAGUUCGACCGCUACGAGGAAGACACCAAGGGCAAGCCGAAAGAAAAGAUGUCAUACCGCUGCUUCAAGGACAUCGUCUCGGCCACUUGGGACACGUUUGACAAAAUAUACUCGGCACAGGACGAGUUGAAGAAGAGCGCGAAGCAGCAACUCAAGAAUCCCUUCCAGAAAGGCAUCGAGGGCUAUGAGUUCAUGGGCAUAGUUUCGCCGCACGGGCCCCUUACCAGACGGAAAGUCAACCUCCACACCAACGGCGCCGAGUGGUCGGAAUUCGUAGCACGCAUCAACGCCAUCACGCUCUUCGGACGGAACUUUGGCGAAAUCUACGAGCCAACCGCCGAGGCAAAUCUCUGCAGCCCCUGGCGCACCGUCCCUGUGGACCAGGAAUAUCUUACCGUUCCGGUAUCGCUUCUGAAAGAGCUGAAGGAGUACACCUGGGAAGACGGCAAGAUUGAAGAAGACUCGCCGGAGCUCGUCAAGCACGUGUUGUGGACCCCGUCCGAGGGUGCAUUCGAAAAGUGCGGUGCGAGGACAGACGAGUGCACCCGCGAGCCUGAUGAUCACGUUCAGCAGCUCACGAAAGUGUCCAGAACGGCGUCUGGGUUCUUCGAGAUUGCAAGACAGAAGGGCACCACCACUCACGAAGAAGACUACCUGCCGAUGAAGAACGGCGCUGUCAUAUUCGGCAAGAGCAGCCGUCUGAUACACUCCCGCCCCACCAACAGCGGGUACGACUCCAGCCAAGCAGGCUCUCUCCACACCGAGGCAGCGGAGCGCAAUGGCAGCAGCUCCAUGAUGGCUUUCACCCACGCUGGGAUUCGGUCGACCUCGACGUUCCAAGAACGAGACGAUGACGAGACUUCCGGUAUGAGCAGUCCUCGUGCAAUGAGCCCACUGAGCGGUGGAGAGCGGCCUUUCACAGGCCUCGAGUCGAGUAGAAUUGGAAGUCCUCCCGCGUCGUCCGAGGCCACCGCCUCUGAAUCGACGCUUGCCUCCCAGACGGCCCAACAGAGUCCUGCCCCUGCAGCAACAAGAAGGCGCGGACAUCGUAAAGCUUUGAAGCUGAGAGAGGCGCUUUUGAAGUUCCGAACUUGGAAGCAGAAGAUCCGACCGAGGGCUACUGUGAAAUGA